AUGGCUGACUGGCUGGGGGGCCCAGACUUGAGGGGACGUUGGGAGGUGCUGGCCAACAAGGCGAGGAGGCGGAGAGGGCCGGCGAGGCCAGGUGCCCUGUGCUGGAAGUCACCUGAGGCUGUCCUCUCUGCCCUCCCCUCUCAACCAGGUGGCUCCACAGACAGCAUCAGCCAAGGUGGGUGGGGGGGUGUCUCCACAGUGUGCGGGAAGCCCAAGGCGAUAGGGAAGAUCUAUGGUGGCCAGGACGCGGUGGCCGGCCAGUGGCCGUGGCAGGCCAGCCUGCUCUACAAGGGCUCGCACCUCUGCGGAGCCGUCCUCAUCGACUCCCGCUGGCUGGUUUCGACCUCCCACUGCUUUCUCAACAAAUCCCAGGCCCCGGAGGACUAUCAGGUUCUGUUGGGAAACACCCAACUGUACCAGCACACCCAGCACAGCCAGAAGAUGUCUGUGAACCGGAUUAUCAGCCAUCCGGAUUUUCAGAAGUUCUACCCCUUCGGGAGUGACAUUGCCAUGCUGCAGCUGCACCUGCCCGUGAACUUCACUUCCUAUGUCGUCCCUGCCUGCCUCCCACCCCCAGACAUGCAGCUGCCGAGCAACGCGUCCUGUUGGAUAACUGGCUGGGGAAUGCUCACCGAGGACAUGCACCUGUCACCGCCCUUCUCUCUCCAGGAGGGUAAGGUAGGCAUCAUUGAGAACACGUUCUGUAAUAUGUUAUAUGAGCAAAGAACUGGAAAAGACAAGAACUACCCCGUGCGGGAAGAGAUGCUGUGUGCUGGGGACUUCUCGACGGGAAAGUCCAUCUGCCGAGGUGACUCCGGGGGACCCCUCAUCUGCUACCUCCCCGAUGCCUGGGUCCUGGUGGGGCUGGCCAGCUGGGGCCUGGACUGCCGGCAUCCUGCCUACCCCAGUGUCUUCACCAGGGUCACCUACUUCACCGACUGGAUCAACGGAAUCAGGAGGCUCACUCCUGUCCCUGACCCCGAGUCCGCUCCUCUGGACACCAGGUCCCCCCCACUGCCUCCGAGGGCUGCUGCCUCACCCGGGCCCGGCACCACCCUCGUGCCUCCGCAGACCUGGCUGCUGCCGCCCCUCAUCCUCAAGGCCCUGCAGCCAGCCCUGUGGUGACCUCGGAGUUCCCUGGC